UCCACACACAAUCAACCCGAACGAGCUUUGCCGGGCCAGCCGCUAUCUCUGGAGAACAUGAGGAGGUGAUGUUAUGGUCCGUGACAUGGUGGCACAGCGCUAGAGUUGCUGCCUCACAGCACCAGGGAUACGGGUUUUCUCCAGUUUCCUUCCACACUACAUAAACAUGCAGUUUUGUAGGUUAGUUGGCUUCCAUAAAGUGUCCCUAGUGUAUAGAAUAGAACUAGUGUGUGGGUGGGCACGGACUCAGGUGGCCAAAGGGCCUGUUUCCAUGCUGUAUAUCCAAAGUAAACCUCGAUCCCCUACUGUCCCUCCACUAACACUUUCCUGUCCCUGGCAGAAUCUGUCCACACCCUCAACAACUGAAGUGAUUCCUAAUAAGGAAUCUGAUCUAUAGUAAGGAUUCAGUCCUGACGAUGGGUGCUGUCUUUACGGAGUUUGCACGUUUUCCCCGUGACCUGUGUGGGGUUUUUUCCGGUGCUCCGGUUUCCCCUCACACUUCAAAGACGUGCAGGUUUGUAGGUUAGUUUGGCUUUGGUAAAAAAAAAUUGUAAAUUGUCCCCAGUGUGUGUAGAUAGUGUUAAUAUGCGGGGAUUGCAGGGCGGUGCAGACUCGAUGGGCCGAAGGGCCUGUUCUCGUGGUGUUUCUCCAAAUUAAACUAAACUGUACUGUUCUCUCCGGAGUUCCUCUUGCCCGUCAUUUAUGUAGAAUCUCUAGAUUCCCCUCGACCCUCUCAGCCCCAGUUAUAUCGAUCCCCUUCCUGCCCCCCUGAUCGCCCUCUCCCUUACCUCCGCACCCCUGCAGUCCACAUCUCAACCUGUCAUAAACUGUGUGAUGAUCGAUGAAGACAGCACCGUAACUCUCCUACUCUCCCCAGCCAGUGAGGCCCGGAACAUUCUGGAGAUCGUGGAGGAUCGGGACGACAGUUCACCCAGAUUCCCACUGACGGAGGAAUUCCAAGCUGCAGUGGCCCCAUGUGGUGCUACCCCACCGCUGCCGGCCCGCCCACUGCCCCCGCUGGGGGACCAGUCGUACGAGGAGGGGGAGCCCUGCGGCCCCAUGGCCCCCUGCCCCACGGACGGCCUGGACUCGGACGAGAGCCUGUACGAGUCGUACGGGGAUGAGGAGGCGUGUGCGGCGCGUGGCACGGACUCUCUGCAGGCACUGCCCGCCCCCUCCCUCACCCACAUCUGUGGCCUCCUCUGGCGCAAACAGUGGCUGGGACGAUGGAGCAGGCAGCUCGUGCUCAUCAAAGGCCAGCUGCUGUUGUGCUACAAGUGCCUUGCGGACGGGCUGCCGCUGCUGGAGAUGAGCCUGGCAGGGGCCCGCGCUGCCUACAAGUUCAAGUGGGGCCGCAGGGUGGAGCACGAGCUGAAGGUGACGGGCACGGCCCAUGCCAGCCUGGUGCUGGGGCUACACACACAGCGACAGGCCCACGACUGGAUGAAGGUUAUUGAGGAUGUGAGCAGCUGCGGACACUACAGAUCCACACCCUGGCACUGCCCAUUAGCAGCGAGCAAAGGCACAGAACCUGCCCUCAACAAGGUGGCACUGAGGGCCACACGGAGCCUGGAAUCACACCGGUCCCUCGGAGAGAUGUCACGUAGCUCAGACACCCACAUUGCAGGUGAGUCCGUGCCACACGUGCGCACAGGCACACGCACAUGGACACACGCACACGCACACACAGAUGCACACAAGGGCGCACACAUGCACGGACAUACAUGCACCGCACAUACACACACACAAACACGGAUACAUAUAGGGGCACAAGCACUCGCACACGGACAUACAUGCAUGGACACACACACACACACACACACACACAUGGACACACGCACAGCCGCACACACAGAUACACGGACACAUGCACAUAUACACACACACACACACACACACAUGUACAUACGCGUACAGACACACAUACAGACACAUACAGGGGCGCACACACACGCACACACAAAUGGACAUAUAAUCAAGGACACACACACACACACAUGGACACACACACUAGCAAGGAUACACACACACGCACACGCACAUGGACACACACACACACACGGGAACUGCAUAAGCAGAUUAAUUGUCACCAUGCUCGGCAUUGGACAUUGGGGGCUGCAGGGCUCAUUCCUGUGCUAUCUACUAUUUUUUAUAGCAAAAUAA